AUGUUUGUAUUCAGCGGUGAGUACAAUAAUCACAUCUUCCUGCUGUUGGUUGCAACAAGCUUUGCCUUUGCCGCUGAGAAUGACGAUGAGCAAUUCAAUACGUUGUGCACUGAGUUAGAAGGCCUGUAUACACCUUCAAAAGGGAACGAACCUGACACCUGCUCCAACGUAAAGCUUAAGUAUGAUGUUAUUGAUGACGAAAUGGCAAAAAAAGUUUGCCAAAGGGUUUUUCCUUAUACGGUUCUAUCAGCCAAAAAAUUGAAGGAAUUUACGAUUACUUGCAACAUAGGAAUCGAACUUCGUUGUGGCGAAGGAUGGACCCAGAUCUACGACAAAUGCUACAAUUUCCAACGCAGGGUUCGCGAUUAUAACAAUACUAUGGACACUUGUAAAAUCAACGCCGGCAGAGUAGCAGUCCUUGACAAUAUGAAGCUCAUCCAGCUUUUUGACAAUGCCUUCGGUCCAAUGUCUCAUGUGUGGAUAGACAGUCGGUUACCGGAACGGUAUGCACAAAUAAAAACUGGAGAAUACGCCCAAAUUGCUUAUGACUUGGCUCCGAUGCUUUCCGUUGAAUACCAAUCAUUAAUUUUGGUUAAAGGAACCGAAAUGGCACAGGUUAUUUGUGAAUAUCGCCCAUCUGACACUGUUCCAUAUCUGAAAAAGAAGAUUAGUCGAUUGUCUGAAAUUUAUUAUUCUGGAGACAUUGUGGAAAACCGUCUCAUUAUUCGUACGGGAUCAUCAUACGUAAGCAAUGAAAAGGGUUUUGCGCGGGCUUUCGAGCACACUAUUUGCAAUAACAUGUUAAACGCUAUUGGCGUUCGAGGAGUACGAGGAGCUCUCGAAUUCAAAACAGAAGAUCAACUCAGAAAAAUCUUACUUGAUAGUGAUCUGAAAAAUCAGGGUGCUCUUUACCACAGUCCUGUCAUUUAUUCUAAUGUUCUAAAAGGAGAAGCUUGUUUUCCUAUGCAACUUGAAUCUAAAAUAAUCACUGAUUGCUCGGGAAAUGUGUUCCAACCUGCUCAGCACGGUGCUUAUGAAUACGAACGAUAUUACUACAAAGGAACUCACACAAACGCGUCUCAGCUACUAGCUCAAACAAACGGUGCUCGUGGACCAAUGAUAUGUCAAUCAGUUUUUGUGUCGGUAACUUACAACAAUUGCCAAAAACCGGAAGACCACUUUGCAGGUCGUCAUAUUUGUCAUCGGCCAAUCUCUUGGGCAACAACCUAUGAUAAUGCUCAAGAGGCUUGUCGCAGAAUGGGAAUGGUAUUAGCUGGAGUGAACAGCAACGAAGAACGAGAUUGGAUUUAUGAAAGAGUAAAAAAAGAAAACGGCGAUCAAGAUUAUUGGUUUGGCGCUCGUCGCAAGCUCUCAUGUUUGUACCAUUCAUGCGAUUGGAAUGAGAUGUAUUCAUGGGAAAAUGGAAUAGCAUCAGAUCGAACAAUGGAAACCAUGUCAUUCUUUGGUUAUGGAUAUCCUAAAUAUCGUCCUCAAACUCCACAUUGUUUAGUCAUGAAAAAACACUCCUAUUAUAAGGGUGCUUUUGGUGAAGACGACUGCCAGAAUGUUAAUCGAUUCGUCUGUUCCAAUCUAUUGAAAGUCGUUAAAUCCGAUUAUGAAUAA